GCCUCGUAACAUGCCAUUGUAAUCGAAAUGUUUUUAGCUGGUUGAAAAUUGCCUUAUCAACUAUGAAUUCAGUUUCGAUGGGCAUCCUCUUUUUUCUUGCAUAGAAGGGAAGUAAAAACACAUUCAUUAUUGAAUAGGUGCAACCCAAAAACAAUGUUUGAUAAAACUGCUUAUUAUUGGUGCUAGAAUUAUUCCAAAGCACUUAAAUAUUGUAGGUAAAGUUGUAUCAAUACUAAUAUUAUAAAUGUGAAAGUAACUCUGUCUGUCUGUUUGUUACCUUUUCCCGGCUGAACGGCUGAACGGAUCGUAAUGAAAUUUGGCAAGGAGAUAGAUUAUAUCCUGGGGAUGGACAUAGGCUAUCUUUUGUCUAAAAAAUAAUCUUUAAACUGGUUAAAAAAAUAUAUCUUAAUUUUAUGUAAUGUGUGUCAUAGAUAUACAAACUGUUAGUGUCAUUCCUCUAUGCCUGCCGUGCAAUAGCUUUCAAGCCAUUACGUUACGUUUUUCUAUUGUAAGGAACUAAGUAGAGAGUAAGAAAAAAUAAAUUUCUUGACAGUUUGUAGUGUCGCCAUAUUUGUUUCAAUUUUCAAUACCGUUUUUGUAUAUUACAAUUUAAAUUGCAGAAAAAAAUCAUGUUUCAUAAACACAUAAAUAGUGAGUGUGUGUCAUUUCUCUAUGUCCACGAGGUCUUGCCGCGUCAAUUUUCUCCUUCGGGCGAACCCGUCCGCUUAAUUAAAUAAACAGCUUUUAUUAGGCCUGUGCGGGAUCCCGAAAUUCGGGAAAAAUUUCGGGAACAGAGGCUUUUAUCCCGUCGGGAGGGAAAAUAAAUUUCCCGAAAUUUUCGGGAAUUUUAAGUUUAUCUUUACUAGAUAUAACAUAACCUCAAAUCAAUUAGCUAAUGAACCUAAUACAGUAGAACCUCAAUGAUACGUUCCAGUUUCAUACUUUUUCCCGUGUCAUACGCCAAUUAAUCUUGGUCCCGCCGAAAGUACUUUUACAAAUGGUUUACUUUCCCGGAACACACACUUAUAAAAUCAUUAAUUUCCCGUUUCAUACGUUUUUACGAAGCGGAAAAGCCCUAAAAUUCAAAAAUGUUUUUAUAUAUUCCUCCUUAUAAACUACGUUUUAAUGCUUUUAUUUUGAAAAACGUUCAUUGUUUACCAUUGCAAAUGUAAGAAAAUAACUUUAUAUCACCAUAGAUAUGGAUAGUAUCAGGAAGACUGUGCACUUCGCUAGUAGCAUCUAUAGCCAGCACCGAAGCGAGACUAGUGGCGCAAACUAGCAAUGAUUAUGAAAAUGGUGCACGCGUUUUACCAAGGCACGGAUCUCAUAUUUUGUGCAUUCAUUAAUCUUUGAACUGAAUAUACCCGUUUGUUAUUAUUUACUUACGAUCGGAUUGUUUUGUAUUUUACGUUUCUCAAAUUAAAAUUUUAUUGAAAAUUGUUUAGUUGCUUAAAGUUGUUUGUAAAAUAAAACAAACAAGCAAAUAGUUAUGAUUUUUUUUACAAUAGCCUAAUUAAUUUUAUUUUUAAUUUAGGCUUGGUGACUUUUUCCCCUCCCUCCAAGAAAGGACUUCAUAACAUUUUGUAAGGCCACUGUUUCUCAUGUCAGCUUUACUUGAUUAUGGACUGUAUUUUACAUUUCUGGUGGUUUUAUUUUAUAAAUACAUAUAUAUAUAUAUAUUGAUGAAUUCAUAUCUUUUAUUAAUAUAAUGCAAUUAUUUACGCAUAUGUAUUUAUGUUUAAUCUGACAUUGUGCUGGUAUGCUAGAUUGGAAAAAAAUUGUAUUAUUGCCAUUCCCUUUUCAUACACAGGGUGGCCACCGACCCGGGAAAAACCGGGAAACCUGGAAAAAGUCUGGAAUUGGAAAGGACCCGGGAAAAAUCUGGAAAUAAUCUUGAAUUUUACUAGUCAUUAGGGAAAAGUUCGUUUGUGUGCCCCGCUUUUACACGCAGCGUCUGACUUGCAAGAAACUGCGUCGGCUUUAGUUUCGAAUUUAAUUAAUUUUUCAGCUGUUUAUUUACUACAUCUAUGUGUUUUACGACUUAACGGGAAGUCAAAACAUUCAUUUUACGUAUUUGAAGACGUUCGUGUUUUCGUACCUGUACUUGUUCUAAAUGACUAACGAAAAAAAAAAAAAAACUUUACCCAGGUCUACCACCAUAAACAUCGUUUCUAACAGUAAUACGCUCCACGAAUGCGUGGGUAAUACAAUGGUAGUACAUGAGUUUGAAUUCAGCAGUUGGUUGCAAUGAUCGGUCGUAGGAACCAAUGACAAAAUUAUAUGCGUUCUUAUAUUCUUAUUGGCGUAUUGCGCAGUUUUUUCGUUUGUGAGGUAUGAGGAGGGUUUAGAAGAUGGCGAUGGUGCGUCGAUUGUUUAGCGGAACACGAACGUGAAUAAUUUUUUGUUUGUAGUUUUUGGAAGCAUGAGUAUCUUGUAGCAGUGAAUGCAGGAGGGAGGUUAGGAUCAUGUCAACGAGAUAUUCCUGUCGCUAUGAGGUGGAGUUUCCGUGGGCCACCGAGGACCCUAAAGACAAAGGUAGCGCAAAGUGCAAGAUCUGUGCGAAAAGUUUUAAGUUAGAUACUAUGGGCAGAGGUGCCUUUUUAAGCCACGCCAAAUCGAAAUUUCACCAAAAUGCGAAGUCAUGCCAAGAUAGAAAUAUGUACGUUACUGCAUUUUUUUCCACUCAUCCUGGUCAACACCAUGAAGCUGUUCCGUCUUGCAGCAAAGGUAUUGCUGCACGACAUGAACAAGCGAAUCAUGUCGAUCCUGAUCAGAAGUCAUCUGUAGAUAACUUGGUAUCAACUAUCGAUACCAGCGAGACUCCAAAUCAAAAUGUUCUUCAAAGGUUCCUUUUGGGGGAACAUAUUACGAGGGCGGAAAUUUUGUGGGCUCUUCACACUAUUGUUGGUCACACAUCACUUCGUAAAGCAGCUGAAAGUGUAUCAGUCAUGAAACUCAUGUUUCCUGACUGUGCGGUCACUCAAAAAAUGGAGUUGCAGCGUUCGAAGAUUGGUUAUCUAAUUAACCAUGGCAUAGCUCCAUAUUUUGAAAAAGAAUUGAAGGAGCUGGUAAAAAAAUCAUCUGAAAUUGUUAUUGGUUUUGAUGAAAGCCUAAACAAGGUUGUUCAGCGUGAACAAAUGGAUAUACAUGUCCGCUUCUGGGAUGAAGAACUCAACAUGGUGCAGUCUAGGUAUUUCACGUCAGUUUUCCUAAGCUCUACUCGAGCCCAAGAUCUAUUGAAGGGACUCAAGAAUGUUUUAGGACAUGAAAAUUUGAGAAAAAUUAUUCAAGUGUCCAUGGAUGGGCCCUCUGUGAACUGGAAGCUAUCUAAGGAUCUAGUUACUGAAUUGCGUGAAGAAAUAGGUCGUGAAGGUUUUGACCUAAUCAACAUUGGCAGCUGUGGGCUUCAUGUUGUACAUGGUGGGUUUAAAGAAGGAAUAAAAGUGACAGGAUGGUGUGUAGUCGGGUUCUUAAGAGCGCUUUAUUAUCACUUCAAGGAUGUUCCUCUGCGGAGAGCAGAUUUCUCAUCUUGCACAGGUUGCACUGUAUUCCCCCUUAAAUUUUGCUGUGUGAGAUGGGUGGAAAAUAAGAAAGUUGCUGAAAGAGCUUAUGAACUACUGCCACAUAUGAAGACUUAUGUUGAAGCCAUCGAAAAGCAAAUAAAGGACAAAGUGAAACCUAAAGAUUCACACUUCAAACGAAGUUUUCCUGCUCUUAAAGAAUCCCAAAAUUUCAAGAUUAUUUGUAGUGCUGUAAAGGAUGAGAUGAUGGGUGCCAAACUGGCCUUUUUCACUGCUGGAGCAUCACUUGUAGAACCCUUUCUACGAGAAUUUCAGAGUGAUGACCCAAUGGCACCAUUCUUGCAUCAAGAACUUCAGGCACUCACAACCACUGUGCUUAAGAGAGUUGUUAGAAAAGAGGUUAUCGAAAGUGCUCAAUCAAUUACAAACAUUGACUUGUCGAAAAAUGAAAACCUUCUGCUGGCAAAUCAGGUGGACAUUGGUUUUGCAGCUACAGAUGCUCUGAAGAAGGUACGAGGUCAGCUUGCUGAGAAGGUUGUGCUACAAUUUAAAAAUGACUGUAGAUCAUUUUAUGUUGGCUUCCUUCAAAAGGUUCUGCAGCGUUCUCCACUUGCAUAUAGUCUUACUAGACAAAUCUCCUGUAUCAACCCUGAGUUGAUACGUAGUAAACCAAACCUUGCUGAGAAAAGAAUUAAAGCAUGCUUGGAACUUCUAGUUGAAAAGCAACAGAUCCCGGGGUCCACCGCUGACAAGAUUCUGCAAGAAUACCAAGAAUUUAUCCAGAUAGCUUCCGUGGGAGAAGCCAUGAAGUCUUAUCAUCGCCAGAAUCAGCGUCUAGAUUUGUUCUACGUGCAGGUUAUGGUGGAAUCUGGCAAAUCAUUUCCAAGUUUACUACUAUUUAUCAAGCAUUUGCUUAUUCUUUCCCAUGGAAAUGCUGCUUUGGAACGUGGUUUUUCCGUAAAUUCGGAUUGUCUGGUUGAAAAUCAAACUGAGGAUAGUCUUAUUGCACAAAGAAUUGUGUAUGAUGCUGUCAUGAAUUCUAAGGGUGUGCAACAUGUGCAAAUUACUAAAUCGCUUAUCCACUAUGCAAGGAAUUCUUGUGCGCGUUAUAAGGAGCAUCUGGAGAGUAAAAGAAAGAAUGUAGAGGCUGAAAAAAGUGAAAGGGACAAGAAAAGAGAAGCUCAAAAAAAUCUAAGGGAACUGGAGGCAAAAAAGGCGAAAAUAAUGAAUGAUGCCUUAAAAGAGGCAGCCCUCAUUGAUGAAGAAAUAAAAAAACUUUAAAUGGUUCAUGUGUGUGGAAAAGUGAGAAUUUUUGUAUCAGCGAUUUUUAUUUAAAUAAAAUAACACUUUAUAUCAAGAACACUUCAAAAUACUUCAAAAUGUUUUUGUAAUUUGUUCACUGAUUGGUGAGUAUUCUUGGUUUUAAUAAAUUCUUAAAGUGAUUAUUGUUAUAGUGUCCUUGAUGUCGGUAAACAACAUUAAUCAAAACAAUUGAAAAACUAUUUCAAAAUAUAUUUUUUUGCCACAUAUAUGUCAAUUUUUUUAAACCUGGAAAAUCUUAAGAAAACCUGGAAAAAUCUGGAAAAAGUCUGGAAUUUGGUUUUAAUAAUAGAGUGGCCACCCUGCAUACACUUUCCCGCAUCAUACACCAUUUUUGUGCCCUCCGUUGAAAAGUGUAUGACAGGGGUUCUACUGUACACAUUUCCUUCAAAAUAAACAUUUACAGUGCUGGAAAGAAGGAAAACCGCAAAUCUUUAUUCUGUUUUAGCAAUCUUUAAACUUUUUUUUUCCAGGUUUAAUGAUAACUUGUUUUCAUAAUGUCUGACAUAUGUACGUAAUUACCUAUAACAUACCCGAAAUACGACAGCAUUAAAAAUAAUGAAUGCCUCACUUGAUGUUUAUAGCAAAACAAACAAAAAUACGUGAAAAUGGUUUUAUCUCAACUCUACUCACGAGAGAAACUUGUCAAACAUGACAGCAAUACGCCAGUUUUGCAUUAAAUAAUGCCCAAAUUUUCUAUGCCAUUAAUUAUCUUAACUAAAAUAUAGACACUACUAAUAUUUUGUCAUAAUUAGUAUUCUGCCGAUUUAAAACACCUAAAAUAUUUUUCUUUAUCAAACAUCACGAGAUGUCCGAAAAUCAGUUUCCUUUGGAUUUCAACAGGCCAUAAACAAAGCAUAAAUGAUUCCUGUUGAUUGGAUCACGUAUUUGUUUGUCAUAUUUUCGGAGAUUUAAAAGCCAAAAUAAAAAAAUGAUUAUUAUAUUGUAAAAUUAAAUACAAGUUACCGUAAUAGCUUUGAAAUGUAGAAAAGUAUAAUAUUUUCUUUCGGACAGUUAAUUUUUUAGUGUUUUUGAGUUUAAAGUAGGGAUGGGAUUUUCGAAUCUUGGAUUCGUCGAAUAUACCGAAUCCUAUGGAUUCGAGGAUUCGUAGGAUCCGAGGUGGGAUUCGAGGUGGGUUUUUAAGAGUUUUAGGUAGUAAUUGAAAAUUGUAGUGCUGGGCGAAUUUUGAAAAUUUCGAACCGAACCGAACCCUUACGUUCGGUUCAGUUCGAAACCUCUUAUAUAUUCGAAAAACCGAACGUUCGUUAAAAAAAAAAAAUUACGUUAUUCUAAUUUUCUAACCCCCAUUUGAGACCAUUCACAAAACAGCUCAACAAAAUUCUAUUGCUUGUAAUAUUCCGACUUUUAUCACAUAAUCAUCGCCUCAACAGUUUCAAGCUCAGACAAAAUUUAAAAAAAUUUAUUAAUCGUCGCAUAACUCGCAUAGCAUUUUUUCAUAUAGGCGCGCUUUGUUUUUUGUUUACUUUAGAGAAUUUUGUAUGCAUUUGUCGUACUACGUAAAAUAAACUAUCGUACAAAUGCCAAAGGUAUUGUUUACUAUACCUUUAACUAUAGUGCGUGUACGAGAAGUGUUGUACAAUCACCAAAGAUUGCGUACCCCAUGCGUUAAACUAAAGCGCAUGUACGAGAACUCUCGUAUUUCGGCAAAACUAACGUGAUCAAGUUAACACAAGACAAAUGCGGUAGGAAAUGAUUACGUAAAUUACGUAUUUUAAAUUACUGGGAUGUAUUUAUUUUCUUUGGCCUUUUUGGUUAUAACAGUCAGGUAAUGAAAGUAUUAAUUUAAUCUUGUGUAUUAAAAGUACUGGUCCAGUAAAUUUUACAGUACGGUACUAAGUUGACUAGCGUAGUCGCGGCAGCCAUCAUUAUUUCUCGUGUUUUCUUUUUUCCGACGCAAAUUUCUAUAGCCACACUUUUUACGUUACGUUUACAAUAUUAUUGUUCUAGAGGUGAUUUGCGAUGAGCAGGCUAACGUCGUUUAAGUUUUCUAAAUGGAGAAAAGAUAAUGACGAUCCGGAUGACCCAGAACCACCCCAAAAAAAAAGUCUAAAGUUUCUUCUGACGAGCAGCAUUCUUCCAAGAAAACAGCAACUGCAGUCAGUGGGUUUUGUAAUGUAGAUAGGUAACUUAAUUCACAUUCGCCUUUUUUUUUAUGUCCUAUUAAAAAGUUUUACUUAUUAAAAAUGUUAGGUUAUGUCUACCACAAAAAUAUGUUAUGUGGCCUUAUGCUGAAUGUUCGUCAUCUUUAUAAUAUUUUUUUUUAAAUGAAGGUUAGUGUACACUGAAAAAGGAAGAUAGUCUUUUUGAAAUUUAGAUGUAACUUCUUCAUGAAUUAAAAGUUGGUAUAUAUGUAAGCUAAGCUAUAUAAUGUUUUAAUUUUACAUAUGGCUGGAGAACCUUUCUUUCUCACCACUCAGUUAAAGACCAAAAUGAUGGUCAUUGGUUCAUUUUAAUUCAAAACAAUUAUUUCUGUAUGAGGUUCGGUUCGGCUCGGUUCGAAACCAGAGAACUGAGGUUCGUCCAGCUCUAGAAAAUUGUAUACCUAAACUAUAUUAUACAGGUAACGGAAAAAGCACAAACAUAAGAUAAACUAUGCUGCAUUUUGUUAAUUAGUAUAACUACUUGAUCAUUUCCAACCUUCAAUAAUAUAACAUUGCAGAAAAAAUGUAACUUUUUUUAAAUGGUGUCUGUUAUACAAACGUAUUUUAUUGAAAACAUAGGAAGGAUUAAUUUAACAGAGAAUUGGACAGAUGCAAACUUACGUGUGUGGUUUUUGAGGUUAUAUGUCUCUAUUUUAUAUCAGGUGUAUACACUAUGCACUUAUUUUAUAAUUUUAUAAAUACAUAUGUGAUUUUUUUUUAAUACAUAGGCCUAUGUUAUUUUUUAAAAUAAAUGUGUGAUUUUUUUUAAUAACAUGUGAAGUUUAGUGUGGGACUGGGAUUCGAGAUUCGAUGACAAACACUGAGGAUUCGAACAAGGAUUCGGAUUCGACCAAAAUGUGGAUUCGUCCCAUCCCUAGUUUAAAGAUAAACAAACUUCAGCAUUUUGGAGGUAUUGGUAGUUGGUUACACUGUCUAAUAGUUUACGGUGCUUGUCGGCUAUCUUUAGUGGAAUUUAUGUGGUAUUCUGCAAUUCGUUUAUAUUUUCUUUGUCCGUAUUGAAAACUCGGGAAAAAUAACGUCCGAGUUAAAAGGCGUGUGGAAAUUUUAUGAGAAAAAUGCUAACCAAACCGCAAAAUGCAAACAGUGUCAAAAAAUUAUUAAAACAAGUAGAAGAAAUUAUUUUGAAACAUUUUUUAAAAAAUAAACAUAUUUAUAGGAUACAAAAUUGAUAUGAAGCAUAUAUUUCAAUCAAUGUUUUCCCGAUCCCGUUCCUGUUUCCCGCAGGAAAAAUAUUUUCCAUACCGAGAAUUUCCAGAAUAAAAAAAUCCUUUCCCACACAGCCCUAAUAUAUUUCAAUCAAUUUUUCCCGAUCCCGUUCCCGUUUCCCGUGGGAAAAAUAUUUUCCCGCCCGAGAAUUUCCCGAAAAAAAAAAUCCUUUCCCGCACAGCCCUAGCUUUUAUCGUUGAAUGAUUUCAUGAUUUAUUUCAUGAAAAUCUGCUCUCAUUAAAAGUAAGUUUUAUAGACAUUUAAUAGGUGUCUCUCUCUCUCUCUCUCUCUCUCUCUCUCUCUCUCUCUCUCUCUCUCUCUCUCUCUCUCUCUCUCUGAAGAUCAAUAUAUGAAUCGUUACUAAUUUAUUUCCUUCAUUUUUUUUAGUUUGAUUUGAUACAAUAUGAUUUCACUAAAAAUCAAUUUCUACCCCUUCCUAUUUUCAUUUCCACAUUACGAAGUUUCACUUUUUCCGCGCGGUGGGACUCCACGCAAUUUUUGCAUGCAAUUAAAAACUAUUUUUUAAUGAUGCCAAAGAAGUAUAACUUCUCAUGCGCGUACCUAAGUACACGCACCCAUUUUUUUAUUUAAUUUCUUCUAUAUAUAUUUUUUUUUCUCUACCUAGGGCACUCAUAAUUCUUUUAAAUUUCACGUGUAUGUUUUCAAUGUCAUUCGAGUUGUACAAUUUUUUUUGUCAAAUUGGUCAUUAUUUAUACUUUGUUUCAUUUUGUAAACAUACGUAUUUUAGGUAUUAUGACAAAUAAAAAAAAAUUUUUACACUAACAUUCUUAGGUUUUUAUUGUGUGGAUAGUUUGAAGUUUAAUAUUAUGUAGGUAUAUAAAUUCUUAAACUUAUAAAUUUCUUCGAAAUUUAUUCAUAGGUUGGCAGGGCCUACUAAUAUUUUAUUUGUCAAUAUUGUAAUUUUUUUACAGUACCUACUUAUUUGCAAGGAGUUUGGCUUAGUGUUUAUAAUUUAUCUGCUGAGCGUUAAGAGUCUUAGGGCUGCCGAGACCGAAGACCAGAAAUAUUUAUCAAUUAUGUAAUAUAUUGUUGAAAAAUUUGAAUUUUACUAUUUCAGGAAAGUUGAUUUUUUUGACGUGACAACGUCUAAUAAAUCUAUGAACGCCGGCUGCACGCACGAAAAAGUGUCCCACUACGGAUGUCCCACUACGGAUGUGCCCUGUUUGCUCAUUGUACGCAUGCGUGGCAUCUCUCUUCAUGCUCAUUGUACGCAUGCGCGGCAUCUCUUUUCCACUCGAUUGGAACAACCAUCGAUUUGACUUUUCAAUCAUAUUUUCGUCGUUUGAAUUAUUAAUAUUAUGUAAUUUAACGAUCGUCCACCGAUUUUCAGCACAAUCGGGACGGUUAUUUAAAAGUAAUGUUGAAAAUUCAAAUACGUUUUGAACCAACUAUGGAGUUUUACAGUUACACAUAAUAAUUCAUAUUACACCCGGGAU